ACUUAUCCUCAACUAUAUCGGUAUGUAUCUAUAUAAAUUCUCAGUUCCUCACACCACCGAAACCCUUCCGAGCUGCGUGUGACACUCUGUCUCUUAUCUUUCUAUCUCUAAGUCUUUCGGGUCGUCACCGGCGAAACCUAGGGUUCCGGCGAGGUAUUGAGCAUGGCGUUGCUGUCGGAUCUGGGGACGCAGAUUGUGAUUCCGGUGUGCGCGGUGAUCGGAAUCGUGUUCUCUCUGGUCCAGUGGCUGGUGGUCUCUCGUGUGAAGGUGUCGCCUGAACGGAGUUCUUCGUCGCCGAAAAACAAGAAGAAUGGCUACAAUGACUACCUGAUUGAAGAAGAGGAGGGUAUCAAUGACCACGACGUCGUCGCUAAGUGCGCCGACAUACAGAAUGCUAUAUCCGAAGGUGCAACGUCCUUUCUAUUUACUGAGUAUCAGUAUGUGGGUGUUUUCAUGGUUGCUUUUGCAAUUUUGAUCUUCCUCUUCCUGGGCUCUGUUGAGGGCUUCAGUACAAAGAGCCAGCCAUGCACUUACAACCCACAGAAUAUGUGCAAACCGGCACUUGCAACUGCUUUAUUUAGCACUAUAGCUUUCUUGCUUGGUGGAUUAACUUCAGUCCUGUCUGGUUUCCUUGGGAUGAAAAUUGCUACCUAUGCAAAUGCAAGGACAACUUUGGAAGCUAGAAAAGGUGUUGGAAAGGCUUUUAUCACUGCAUUUAGGUCUGGUGCAGUAAUGGGGUUUCUCCUUGCUGCAAAUGGUCUUCUGUUCCUGUAUAUUGCCAUCAAUCUCUUCAAGCUUUACUAUGGUGAUGACUGGGAAGGUCUUUUUGAGGCUAUUACUGGUUAUGGCCUUGGUGGAUCAUCCAUGGCUUUAUUUGGGAGAGUUGGUGGAGGUAUCUACACUAAGGCUGCUGAUGUUGGUGCUGAUCUUGUGGGAAAAGUUGAAAGGAAUAUUCCAGAAGAUGAUCCAAGGAAUCCAGCUGUGAUUGCCGACAAUGUUGGUGAUAAUGUUGGGGAUAUUGCUGGAAUGGGAUCUGAUCUUUUUGGCUCAUAUGCCGAAUCAUCAUGCGCUGCCCUGGUUGUUGCCUCCAUCUCUUCCUUUGGGAUCAAUCAUGAUUUCACUGCAAUGUGUUAUCCCCUGCUCAUUAGUUCUAUGGGCAUCCUUGUUUGUUUGAUUACUACCCUUUUUGCAACUGAUUUCUUUGAAAUCAAGGCUGUCAAGGAAAUUGAACCUGCAUUAAAGAAGCAGCUUAUUAUCUCCACUGUUCUUAUGACGGUGGGAAUUGCAAUUGUUAGCUUUACUGCCCUGCCAUCAUCCUUCACAAUUUUCAAUUUUGGAACUCAGAAAGUUGUGAAGAACUGGCAGCUUUUCUUGUGUGUGUGUGUUGGGCUCUGGGCCGGACUUAUUAUUGGAUUUGUGACUGAAUAUUACACUAGCAACGCAUAUAGCCCUGUGCAAGAUGUUGCUGAUUCCUGUCGGACUGGAGCUGCCACCAAUGUUAUUUUUGGCCUUGCCUUGGGCUACAAGUCGGUCAUCAUUCCAAUUUUUGCCAUUGCAGUCGGUAUUUUUGUUAGUUUCAGCUUUGCUGCCAUGUAUGGUAUUGCAAUGGCUGCCCUUGGAAUGCUUAGCACCAUAGCUACUGGAUUGGCCAUUGAUGCUUACGGUCCCAUCAGUGACAAUGCUGGAGGUAUUGCUGAGAUGGCUGGCAUGAGCCACCGUAUUCGUGAGAGAACUGAUGCCCUUGAUGCUGCUGGAAACACCACCGCUGCAAUUGGAAAGGGAUUCGCCAUUGGAUCCGCUGCGCUGGUGUCAUUGGCACUUUUUGGUGCUUUUGUGAGUCGCGCAUCUAUUUCAACCGUUGAUGUCUUGACUCCAAAGGUCUUCAUUGGUUUGCUUGUUGGCGCUAUGCUUCCCUACUGGUUUUCUGCCAUGACCAUGAAGAGUGUGGGUAGUGCAGCUUUAAAGAUGGUUGAGGAGGUUCGCAGGCAGUUUAACACCAUUCCUGGUAUAAUGGAGGGCCUUGCCAAGCCUGACUAUGCCACUUGUGUCAAGAUCUCCACUGAUGCAUCCAUCAAGGAGAUGGUUCCACCUGGUGCCCUUGUCAUGCUUACACCCCUCAUCGUUGGAACCUUAUUUGGGGUGGAGACUCUAUCUGGUGUUCUUGCUGGUUCUCUUGUUUCUGGCGUCCAGAUAGCAAUAUCCGCAUCCAACACCGGUGGUGCAUGGGAUAAUGCCAAGAAGUAUAUCGAGGCUGGUGUUUCAGAGCACGCGAGGACACUUGGACCAAAGGGGUCUGAGCCCCACAAGGCAGCUGUGAUUGGUGACACCAUUGGAGACCCUCUCAAGGAUACUUCAGGCCCGUCGCUCAACAUUCUGAUCAAGCUCAUGGCAGUGGAGUCGCUUGUUUUUGCUCCCUUCUUUGCUACUCAUGGUGGCCUACUUUUCAAGAUCUUCUAAGGAGAAGGGUUGCUGAGAUAAAUAUACAAGGGGUUUCACUUCUCCCUUGUACGAUUCUCUCUCUACCCUUUGAGUAUCUCGCGCAUCUCUCGCCAAUUCUCCCUAUGCAUGCAUUAUCUUCCCUAAUAUGGGGUUUCAAGUUAGUUUUAGUUAGUGGAACAUUAUUUUUGAUGAGCUGACGAUGAUGAUAAUGGUGAUGGUAAGAACAAAGAUGCGAAUUGUCACUCUUAUCAGAGAGUAGAUUUAAUUAUGUAUUAUUUUUUCGGUACUAUUGAGAACAGGUAGUUUACUAAAUUUACUUUUGUAACUUUCAUUUUUCAUUAAAGCAAGGAGAGCCUGAACAGACCAGUA